AUGGUAGGGUUGGUGUUAAUAAAGGUGGAAGUGGUCGCACGCCCUCUGGGCCAUCCUGCACUCGCCAUUCACAGGCGCUAUCCCGCCACUGCACCACGUGGGAGCUUUUGGCUGCUGGGUUUCCCCCCUCGCCCGGUCCACCCCUCCUUAGACGACCUGGCGGUCACAGUCCUCCGACAUGGCCGCCAUAUCGACGCCGUGCUUGGCGUGGACGCCCGAUCCACAUGCGCGCGUGCAGUGUGGAACUCCCAGCGACGACGACUCCCGCCACCCGGCCUCCAUGUAGCUGGAUUACAGGCGCACGCCACCACGCCCAGCCGGUCCUCCUCCGACCUUAACAACCCUCCUCAACCUCCCUUUCCAAUCACCCUUUUACCCACCCUCCUCUCCUCGCCUCCCAUCUCAUACCCUUACCUCCAUCCACACUAA